AUGAUUGUGGAAGAAUCGAAGGAAUAUUUGAAGAUUGUGGCUGACCAUGUUUUCGGUAACGAUAAGCUGACAAUUGAAUUGAAAGCAUCAGAAUUAGAGUCUGAAAUAGAAAGCAUUAGUCAAAGAAGAGAACUAUGGAAGAGUCGGUUAAUGAUUUUAUUAGAGGAUCGUAUAAAAGUUUGUAAUAAUUUGGCAGCUGCGUUGAUUAAAACAGAAACCUACGCUGCAGCUUUAAAAAAUGUGAAACAUGUUUCAAGGUGUCAACCACAAAAUGUUAAAGCACUAUUUAGGAAAGGAACAAUAUUGAGACACAAAGGGGAAUAUGCAAAAGCUUAUGCAAUCUCUCUCUCCAUUGAAAUUCAAAAAUUAAAUCCAGAAAUGAAGAUAUUUACUACAGAAUUAAUAGCUUUAAAGGACAAAAUUGCUAAAGACACAGAAAAAAAGUACCUAUAUCCUUUAUUUAAUUACUUGCUUUUAUUAUCUACUUUUAUAUCCUUCGAUAAAAUUAAAGUAUCUUUAACUACACCUAACAUUUUACGACGAACUAUAAAUGUUUUUCUUUUUCUGCAUCUUUAG